AUGGCCACCAUGCCGCCGCCGCUGCCGCUGUCCCCGUCCCCGCCCCCGCCCCCACCCCCGCCCCCGCGCACCGCCUUCUCGCCUCGCUGCACCGCCCUUCAGAACCCAUCGACCUACAUGUACCACUGCCAGCUUCUCAACGGCGCGCCCCAGGGGUAUGCGUCGCCGCGCCACGCGCGCGCGCGGCCCCCUCGGGAGCGGGAGCGGGACCUCGCCGCUUCCUACGCGCGUGAGAUCGGCGCCUGCGUCCGCGAGCGGCGCUGGGGCGCAGCGUGCGAGGCGUUUGCGUCCAUGCGCACCGCGGGAGCCGCGCCAGACAGGUUCCUCCUCCCGCAGGUGCUCCGCGCUUGCGCCAGCCUUGGUGCGCCCCGCCUUGCGUCCGCCGCGCACGGGCUCGCCGCCAAGGGCGGGGCCGCGCUAGCGGGGGACCCCGUCGUCGGGAACGCGAUCGUCGCCAUGUAUGCGGCGCUGGGGAACGUGGCCUCCGCGCGCGCCGCGUUCGCGUCGCUGCCCGACCGCGACGUCGUGGCGUGGACCGCGCUCAUCAGCGCGCACGCCGACGCUGGGGAGCUGGAAGAGGCCUUCGACCUGUUUGAAGAGAUGCAAGAGAGCGGUGUUCGCCCGGACAUGAUUUCGUGGAACACGCUGGUGUCUGGAUUUGCAAGAAGUGGUGACCUCGUUGCUGCUCUGCAUCUGUUUGACGAGAUGCGGCAAAGAGGUGUCGACUCGGGAGUCAAUUCUUGGAACUGCAUCAUCUCGGGUUGUGUGCAGAAUGCACUGUAUGACGAGGCUUUGGAGGUUUUUCAGGAGAUGUGUGAGAGUGAGAGGCCUGAUGCGGUGACUGUGGCUAGUAUUCUCCCUGCUUGUGCUGGUUUGCAGGCACUAGGCAUCGGAAAGCAGCUGCAUUCUUAUGUUUUGCGGUGUGGAAUCAAGAUCAAUGUUUAUGUUGGAGCAUCUUUGAUUAGCUUGUACUCUGAGUGUGGAGAAUUUGAUGAUGCGAGAGUUGUUUUUUCCACCAUUCAGGAGAAGAAUGUCAAUGUGUGGAAUGAGUUAGUUCAAUCAUAUAUCAGAGAGGGGAGGAUGGACAAAGCUUGGGAGGCUUUUAACUUGAUGCAGGAGGAUGGAUUGGAGCCUGACAUUGUCACCUAUAACAGUUUCAUUGCUGCAUAUGCUAAAGUGGGUCAGAAUGAACAAGCAUAUGAACUGUUUUCACGCAUGGCUGAUGUCGGCUUAAAGCCUAAUGUGGUCUCAAUGAAUGCAUUAAUUUGUGGUUUGCAUCGACAUGGCCUUUACACAGAUGCACUUGAAGCUUUCAGAUACAUGCAGCGUUCCAGUGAUGGAAAAGCAAAGGGUUGGACAUUUCUUGAUAAUUGUGGCCCAAUUCAACCAACUGGCACAACCAUUACUGGUGUCCUCUCGUUAUUGGCAGACCUCAAGUUAGAUCGUCUUGGGAAGGAAGUACACUGCUAUGCUUUAAAGAAUGGUUUCACAUCAAACAUCUAUAUUUCAAGCAAACUAGUCGACCUUUAUGGUAAGACUGGUGACAUGGCGUCUGCUGCUAAUGUCUUCCAGAGAAUUGGGAACAAGAAUGUUGUCACAUGGAACAGUCUGAUGGCAGCCUACAAGCAUAAUUGGAAGCCAGAAGUAACACUGAAGCUGCUCGGUGAAAUGCUGCAGUCCAAUUUGCAUCAUUGGAAGCCAGAAGUAACACUGAAGCUGCUCGGUGAAAUGCUGCAGUCCAAUUUGCAUCCCAAUUUGGUUACAGUACACAUAGCUCUUAUGUCGUGUGGUAUGACAAUGGUAUUGGGAUAUGGUAGAGAACUGCACAGCUACAUCACAAAAUGCUGGUCUGGUGGUUACCCAGCUACUCUUGCAAGUGCUUUGAUAAAUAUGUAUGGCAAAUGUGGUAAUAUUGAGGAUGCCAGGUUGGUUUUCAAGUCCACGGUUCCAAAGGACAUAGCAGUAUGGAAUGCAAUGAUGAGUUGCUACUUGCUUCAUAGGAUGCCUAGGGAUAUUAUAGAUCUGUUCAAUUAUUUGGAACAGUCUGGUAUUCAACCAGAUCACAUUACUUUCAUUUUACUUCUUUCAGCUUGUAAGCAAGAAGAUCUCUGGGCUACUGGCGGAGUCACUGACACUUAUCCAGAGAUGCCGCUGAAACCAGAUGCAUGCCUAUGGUCUACUGUGCUUAAAGCUUGUAAGCUGCACUCAAAUCUAGAGAUUGGGGAAAAGGCAGCAAAAGCUCUUUUCGAGCUUGAACCAAAUAAUCCUUCAAACUACAUGGUGCUUUCGAAUAUAUAUGCAGACACAGGCUUGUUGGAUGCCACCGAGGCUGUGAGGGAUGCCAUGACAGAGCAAGGAUUACAUGUUGAGAGACAAUGCAGCUGGUUAUACAAUGGUACAGCUGUGCACUCUUUUGAGGCUGGAAAUUUGUCGCAUCCUGCAAUUGAUGCAAUUUUGAGUACAUGGAAACAUUUAACUAUCAGGAUGGAGCAAUCUGGGUACUCCACUGAAGAUAUUGGCCCCUGUUACAAUGUAGAAGCUGAUCCACUGUCAUGCCACCACACAGAGAAGAUUGCGGUGUGUUAUGGGCUUAUCUCCACAUAUGAUCACCAACCAAUACGCAUCUCAAAGAAUUUUAGAAUGUGCAUGGAGUGCCAUUCAUCCAUCAAGUUCAUCUCAAGGGAUAAGAACCGGGAAAUAAUCGUUUCAGAUGGUUGCACCUAUCACCAUUUUAAGGAUGUUAUGGCUGGUAUCAGCAAUCAAUGUCACCAUCUUGAAGCAUUCAACACUUCGGUGUAUGUCCAGUUUGCUCUCCUGGGAGCCAGGGCAACAGAUAUGACCAGCUUCAUUUUCAGCUUUUUUUUUGUACCACAUUUUCUUGGUGCUCUUCACUCCAAUUAUGAUAAGUGA